CGAGUAUAUGGUCCUCCUUACCAUCAUUGCCAAUUGUAUAGUUUUAGCCUUAGAAGAACAUUUACCAGCGCACGACAAAACACCUCUUGCAGUACAACUGGAAGCAACAGAGGCAUAUUUUCUUGGUAUAUUUUGUGUGGAAGCGUCUUUAAAAAUAUUAGCUUUAGGUUUUGUAUUGCAUAAAGGUUCCUACUUACGGAACGUCUGGAAUAUAAUGGAUUUUAUAGUAGUAGUUACGGGGUGUCUCGGCUAUAUCUUGCCCUUCUUAGACCAAGGGGCCGUAAGAUCUUUGCGGGUCUUACGGCCGUUAAAACUAAUCAAUGGAGUGCAAAGUCUACAGGUUGUCUUGAAGUCCAUUAUAAGGGCUAUGGCCCCUUUAUUACAAGUAUGUCUACUCGUAUUAUUCGCCAUCAUUAUAUUUGCUAUUAUUGGCUUAGAAUUCUACGCUGGUGCUUUCCACAACGCUUGUUUCAAAAAGGGAACCAAAUAUUCUCAAAGUGAAGAUGACAUAGAUCUAGGAGAUGAAGAAAGUAUAAGACCGUGUGCUACAGACUAUUAUAUUAGUUCAUACGGUGGUUUUAGAUGUCAACAUAACGUCUCCGAGUGUCGGGACGGAUGGAAGGGUCCUAACGAUGGUAUUACUAGUUUUGAUAAUAUAGGUUUCGCUAUGUUAACCGUGUUUCAGUGUAUAACAAUGGAAGGAUGGACAACAGUAUUGUAUUAUGCAAAUGACGCCUUAGGAAACAUUUUUAAUUUUUUAUAUUUUAUACCUCUUAUUGUUUUGGGCUCGUUUUUCAUGUUAAAUCUAGUUCUUGGUGUUCUCAGUGGUGAAUUUGCCAAAGAAAGAGAGCGAGUAGAAAAUAGACGAGCUUUUUUUAAAUUACGCCGUCAGCAACAAAUAGAACGAGAGUUAAACGGUUACUUAGAGUGGAUCUGUAAAGCAGAAGAAGUCAUUUUAACCGAAGAUCGAACAACAGAAGAAGAAAAAUAUAAAAUUAUAGAAGCUCGACGGAGAGCAGCGGCUAGAAAAAUGAAACAGUUAAAAGGUGAAGAAACGGAUGACGAUAAUAACGAGCCUAUGGAGGAUGAUCUAUUAUCAGGUGUAACAAUAGGAAAAUAUAAUACUAUAGGAAAUACAUUUGUUAGAAAUAAAACUAGUAGUAAGAGGACAACUGGUAAAUGUGGUGCAUUCUGGAAAGCCGAAAAACGAGUGAGGUUAGUAUAUCAAGAACAAAAUUGUUGUGAAUGGUAA